CGCACGUGACUACGAGCUCUGAGCUGGAGCUUUGUCUGAACAAAGAACCGAACUGUGAGCGCGAGCGGCGGCCAGCUGUUUGUUCCUGGGUGGAUGAGAUGUCUCUCGCCAUAAUGGAGGAGAACUUGGAGUCCGGAUGGGUGUCGGUUCGGCCCAAAGUGUUUGAGGAGAAGGAGAACCAUAAGUUCGUCUUCAUCGUGGCGUGGAACGACAUCGUGGGAAAGUUUGCCGUCACGUGCCACAACAGAACCGUCCAGAGACGGUCUACUGUUCUGGACCUGGACUGUAACCCUCCGAACCAAACCCAGACACACGGAACCUGCCAGUCCCCUCGAGCUGGACAAAGUUUUGUCCCCCAGGACACAAGAAGUUCAGGCACUGGAGAAAAGUGUCCUGUGCUGAGGUCCUGGGACCUGGUUACCCCCAACGGAGAGGUCCUGGAGGCUUUCGAAGACCUGGCGGGCCGUGAGGACUUUAGCUGGGCCGGGCUGUUCUCCCUCCAGGACCUGAGAGCGGUCCACCAGCAGCUGUGUGCCAUCAACUCUGACCUGGAGCCGUGCUUGCCAUCUCUUCCGGAGCAGCCGUCUGGUGUGUGGACGGUUCUGUUCGGGGGGCCCGGCCCGUCACCGCAGGACUCAGACGCUGUGUGUGUCCAGCUGCAGGUGUACCUGGGCCACGCCCUGGACACCUGCGGCUGGAGGAUCCUGUCCCAUGUGCUGUUCUGCGACAGCGACGACGCUGACGAAUACUACGAGAGUCUGGGUGAGCUGCGGCAGAAAGGCUAUGAGGACGCACUGGAGGUGGCCAACAGGCGCAUGCACGAGGUGCUGGACCGGCACAAAGCCAUGGACAGCAUGGUGGGUGUGCUACAAGUGUAUCCAGAAGAAGACGAGGUGUAUGGAGACUUGCUGGAGGCCACGACUCAGCUCUAUCACUACCUACUUCAACCCUUCAGGGACAUCAGGGAACUGGCAACUCUGCACCGACAGCAAAUUAAGAUGUGCCUGCAGACGGAGCGUCUGGGCCCUCGGCGGGUGGACAGCCUCAGGAAGGAGGAUGAGGAGUGGCAGAGGAAGGCCCAGGCUGCAGUGCUCUCCAUCCAAGACCUGACGGUCCGGUUCUUUGAAAGUACCACCCGAGCUCAGAAAGUGUUAAAAACAAACACAGUCAGGUUGUGUGACGUGCGCUUCGAGGCCUCUGAGAGUGGUGGUUUUGGUUUUCAGAUGCGGAGUCUGCAGGGCGGACAGGAAGCCAUGGCGCGCGUGGACCAGCUGGAGGCGCUGUACUACGGCUUGCAGCUGCAGCUGUAUGACGUUCGGGCCGAGGUGCUGCGCUGCGAGGAGCUGCUGUUGACUGCGCAGCUGCACAGUCUGCGCAGACAGAUCAUAGAUCACAAGCAGAAAGUCCAGGAGCAGCAGGGAGGCAGCGCUGACUGCAGCUCUCUACAGACACUGCGACAGCAGGAAAGAGAUGAAGAUGAAAGAAACGUCUCGCUGAGUCAGGAGAGGAGGACGACUCUGGACAGACUCCGCAGCCUCAAACAGGACACUUACUUCCUCCUCUCCAAGAGGCGAAGGCAGCGCCACAAAGUCUUUGCCCACCUUCAUGGCAUCAGGGCUCUCAAAGGUGUCGUAGUACACGACCUCCUCCUGCCGCUCUGCUGGAUCAUCACAGAUGCUGUGAGCUCGCCCAUGGACGAAGUUCUGGAGUCUCUGAAACGAGGUAGUUUCCACCUGAGGAAAGCUGAGCUGCGGGUUCUGGGCCCCGACCCAGAAGACGACAGCACCAACAUCCUGGCUCAGAUCCGACAGGGCAUCCACCUGAAGAAGGUCCGAACACGUCCGGAGCAACAGCGCCACCCAAAGAGUUUCCCACACUCGGCCGACGCUCUGACGCGCAGCAUCCACGAGGCUCUGAGGAGAAUCAAAGAGGCGUCGCCAGAGUCCGAGUCCGAGGAUGAAGGUCUUCCCUGCACCGACUGGGAGAGCUAACUGACCCGAGACCAGCAGGUCUGAAGAAACACGGACCUGAGACCAGCAGGGUCUCCUAAAGACAGACAAACGUUUCAUCUCCGCAGACCUUUUAUAAAAACGGACCACAGAAGUUUGUUUGUGUUGUCGGAGCCGUCGUUCUGUGGGAGUGGUACUGCAGCUCGCUGUGAUGGUUUGGUUCCUGUCAGAUGGGUUCACU